CAGAGGCCCUGACAGCACCACCCACAGCAUGGACAGGAGCUGGAGAGUCCUCCUCCUGGUGGCAGUGGCCACAGGUGUCCACGCCCAGGUCCAGCUGGUGCAGUCUGGGGCCGAGGUGAGGAAGCCUGGGGCCUCCGUGAAGAUCUCCUGCAAGGCUUCUGGAUACACCUUCACUGACUACAAUAUGCACUGGGUACGACAGGCACCAGGUCAAGGGCUUGAGUGGAUGGGAGACGUUAACCCUAAUAAUGGUGGCACAGACUACGCACAGAAGUUCAAGGGCAGAGUCACCAUCACCGCAGACAAGUCCACCAGCACAGCCUACAUGGAGCUGAGCAGUCUGAGACCUGAAGACACGGCCACAUAUUACUGUGCGAGAGACACAGUGUGACGACCCACAUCCUGCGAGUGACAGAAACCCUGAGGGAGAGGGCAGCUGUGUGGGGCUCAGGAGGGAGGGGACAGUGUCCGCUGACUUCCUCACACAGAGACAGACACCUGACA